UCCAGAGGGGGUUUCCAUCACCCCUCAUUCCUGCACACCGGGAAAGGUGGCCUUGGAUGAGGAUUUGGAGCGGAUCCUGUUCGUGGUCAACCUGGGGACCAUCGCCCCCAUGGAGAACAUCACCGUCUUCAUCAGCACCUCCUCCGAGCUUCCGACCCUGCCCAGCGGGGCUGUGAGGGUUCUUCUGCCUGCCGUCUGCACCCCGACCGUGCCUCAGUUCUGUUCCAAGAGCACCAGCCCCUCCAACCAGCAGGCCCAGGGCAAAGACCGGCCUUGCUUUGGCACCCGGACCAUGGACUCCUGGAACAGGCUGUGCCUGGCCACUCUCCUGGACACCGAGGCGUCCAACCCCAUGGAAUAUGACUUCAACUUCCAGCUAGAGAUCCGGGGGCCAUGUCUGCUCGCAGGGGUGGAGAGUCCCACACAUGAGAUCCGCGCCGAUGCCGCCCCCUCUGCCCGCUCAGCCAAGAGCAUCAUCAUCACGCUGGCCAACAAGCACACCUUCGACCGCCCCGUGGAGAUCCUCAUCCACCCCAGCGAACCCUACAUGCCACAUGUCCUCAUGGAGAAAGGGGACAUGACCCUGGGAGAGUUUGACCAGCACUUGAAGGGAAGAACCGAUUUCAUUAAAGGGACAAAGAAGGACAGCAGUGCGGAGCGGAAGACAGAAAUCAUCCGGAAACGCCUCCACAAAGACAUCCUCCACCACUCAGUCAUCAUGCUCAACUUCUGCCCUGACCUCCAGUCUAUGCAGACCAACCUGAGAAAGACCAACGGGGAGUUCAUCUUCCUCAUCGACAGGAGCGGCAGCAUGAGCAGGACCAACAUCUACCGUGUCAAGGAGGCCAUGCUGGUGGCCCUGAAGAGCCUCUUGCCAACCUGCCUCUUCAAUGUCAUUGGGUUUGGAUCCACAUUUAAGACCCUCUUCCCUUCCAGCCAGACCUACAGUGAGGAGAGUCUGGCCUUGGCCUGCGAUAACAUCCAGAGGAUGCGGGCUGACAUGGGCGGCACCAACAUCCUCUCCCCUCUCAAGUGGAUCCUCCGGCAGCCGGUGCACCAAGGCCACCCACGACUCCUCUUCCUGAUCACGGACGGAGCCGUCAGCAACACGGGGAAGGUGCUGGAGCUGGUGCGAAACCACGCCUUCUCCACCAGGUGCUAUAGCUUUGGAAUUGGACCCAACGUCUGCCACCGUCUGGUGAAAGGCCUGGCAUCUGUGUCCAAGGGCAGCUCUGAGUUCCUGAUAGAGGGGGAGCGGCUGCAACCAAAGAUGGUCAAAUCCUUGAAGAAGGCCAUGGCCCCAGUCCUGAGCGACGUGACUGUGGAGUGGGUCUUCCCUGAGACCACGGAGGUCCUGAUCUCACCUGUCAGCACCAGUUCCCUCUUCCCUGGAGAACGGUUGGUGGGGUAUGGCAUUGUGUGUGAUGCCUCCUUGUACAUCUCCAAUCCCAGAUCUGACAAGAAGCGAAGGUACAGCAUGCUGCACUCCCAGGAAUCCAGCAGCUCUGUCUUCUACCAGUCUCAGGAGGAGGGACUUGGCCCAGACAGCCGAGACAGUGCCAAGAGUGUAGGGAAAACCAGAGAGACCAGGCCCUUCAGUGGUGACUCCACCUCUAGUCGCGGUACGGACCCCUCCCAGAGACGGAGAGCAUACAGCACCAACCAGAUCUCCAACCACAAGACCUGCCCAAGGACCACCACAGCCAGCGACCCCACAAUUUCAGCCAGGAGACAUCCACUGCGAAAAGCCAAGCUGCAGGAUCUCACCAAUCAGACCAGUCCCGAUGCCCAGAAGUGGCAGGUUGAUUUGCAGUCCUUCCCGAACAAUGGCCAGGAACUCAGCCGGGGCCCCAAACUUCAUGGCCCAGGGGCCCGCAGGCCCUCUCUGCUGCCCCAAGGCUGCCAGCCCUUCCUGCUCUUGGGCCAGGAGCCCCAGGCCUGGGGACUCACGGAUCCUGGGUCUAGCCUGAAGCCUGUUCGGGACAGUCGCAGCCCAGGGGACUUGGAACCAUCCCAUCACCCCUCCGCCUUCGAGACAGAGCUAUCCUCGGACUGGGAGCCCACGGCCGAGUCUGAGGAGCUGGGCAGCUCCAGCAGGCCCACCACCCCAGGCCUGAUGCUGGGCAAGGCUCUGGUCAAAGGCCUGCAAGAGAGCCAACGCUUGCAGUGGGAAGUGAUCUUCGAGCUGGGGCCCCCCGGCCCGGAGCGGGGCAGCGCGCGCGACGCCGACCUGUGGAGCGAGACCUUCCACCACCUGGCAGCCCGCGCCAUCAUCCGCGACUUCGAGCAGCUGGCUGAGCGCGAGCGCGAGAUCGAGCAAGGGUCCCAUCGUCGCUACCAAGUGAACGCUGUGCACACCAGCAGGGCCUGCAAUGUCAUCAGCAAAUACACAGCCUUCGUGCCCGUGGACGUGAGCAAGAGCCGGUACCUGCCCCUGGGAGUGGAGUAUCCCAAUUCCGGUGCCCCGUUGCGGAUGAUCAGCCUUUCCCGACAGUGGAGAGGCGCUUCUACUGGCCUCGGACAGUCCCAGAUCACACUCAAAGAAGACUCGGCCGCCGGAGACUGCAAAUUUCAGACCCUAACCAAGGAGGAAAACCCCUCUGCGUCCCUUGGAGAGAUCCUGUGUCCCAGUCAGGAUAAGCAUGCUGCUUCGGAAGGUCCCCUGCACAACCUGUCCACCACUGCUCUUUCCUCCUUGAAGGCCUCAGAAACUGUCUUUGGGUCCAGGCUGACUCUCAACAAUUCCAGGCUGCUGAGCCGAGCAGCCAAGGGCUUCCUGAGAAAGCCACUGGUCAAGACUCCAGAGGCCAGCCUGGGGAGCCAGAGUUUUGACUACUUGCCACUGGUGUCUCUGCAGCUGGCCUGCGGAGCCUUCCUGCUCAACCAAGCCUUCUGCGAGGCUAUCAACAUCCCCAUGGAGAAGCUCAAGUGGACCUCGCCCUUCAACUGCCACCGAAUGUCCCUCACUGCCCGCCAGCCCGAAUCUAAGACUCUGAGUCCCCAGCUGUGCAACAGCCCCUCGCCUCGACACCUGUCCUGCAACAGUGUCUCCCUGGAGCCUCUGGCAGACAGCAGGCUGAGCUUGGAGUCCAAGGUGCUGAUAGAGCACGCGGGGAAGCUGUGGGCCACUGUGGUGGGGCUGGCCUGGCUGGAGCACAGCUCGGCCUCCUACUUCAUUGAGUGGGAGUUGGUGGCGGCCAAGGCCAAUUCCUGGCUGGAGCAGCAGGAAGUACCUGAGGGCCGUACGCGGGGCACACUCAAGGCCGCAGCCCGCCAGCUGUUCGUACUCCUGCGGCACUGGGAUGAGAACCUGGAGUUCAAUAUGCUUUGCUAUAACCCAAAUUAUGUGUAGU